CAUCGCUGCCUACGAGACGUACUGCCCGCCAAGUUUUAGAAGAAAAUGUUUAUGUUUUGGUAUUAGAUACCGUUAUCUUUGUGGUAUCUUAAAAACGACAGAUUGUGAAAUAUGUAUGCCGGUAAAUUAAAGACUGAUUCAAACAUAGCAUGGCAUCGUCCGCAAUCGUCACCAUUCCGCGUCGAGGAAGAGUUGAUGCAGAAGAGCGCACGAGCGCUUAGCACGAUCACCGAUCCCCUGGAGCGACUGCGUCUACUGUGCUUCACACGCGGCGCGUCCGGAAUUAUGGAACUGGGCAGGAUAUUCCGAAAAAUGGAUGGUGACGGAAGCAAAGAACUUAACAAGGAAGAGUUUUUGACGGGCAUCAAACACACUGGACUGGACAUAAGCCACGAGGAUGCAGAGAAAUUGUUCGCGCAUUUCGACCCCACCGACAGCGGUACUAUUAGUGUCGAUGAAUUCAUCAAACAGAUUCGUCCUCCGAUGUCUGAAGGCCGCCAUGCCAUAAUCGACCGGGCGUUCAGGAAAUUGGAUAAACAUGGAGCAGGGGUCAUUACCACUGAGGAUCUCCGUGGCGUUUACUCGGUCGCUGCAAACCCGAGGUACCAGAGUGGUGAAGAGAGCGAAGAACUGCUCAUUGGGAAAUUCCUAGCUAACUUUGAGAGCGAGGGCACCGUUGGUGGCAAGGUAACGCUUGAGGAGUUCAUGAACUACUACAGCGGCAUCAGCGUGUCCAUCGACAACGACUGCUACUUCGAUCUCUUAAUGCGGCAGGCCUACAAUCUCUAGAUAUAAGGCUAGAAGUAUAGCCCUAUAAUACCAUGGACUUUAACGUCGCCAAAACAAAACUGAUUUCAUGACACGACGAUUUUUCUCACACGCACUUAUUUACAGCUCGGGCCGAGCGGAUUUGCUCAAUCUCAAUAAGCGGGUAUAUGUGUGCCUGCAUUACCGUCUUUACCAUAAGGGCACACGGGGCCCGUGCCCAGGGGCCCUAUCCUCAGGGGGGCCCCGAAGGACAGACAGUAACAUUAUAUUUGAUUACCUAUAAAAUAUAGUUUUUUUUUUAAUUUGCCGCCUUUAUCUACUGAGAAGAUUUGCUUGACCAUCUAUAGUAGAAAAAAAAUAGUUUAAUCUUUACUUUGGGCUUGUGCACAAAUCACGCGAGGUUCGAUGGGGGAGAUACUAUUUCUCGGUUUCUUUAAACAUAAAUCUUCACUCUGCACUUCAAAAUAGCGAGCCUAUUUAACGAAAAUAGAAAAAUAAGCACGAUUUUCUAUAUACAAUACUAUUUAUCUUAAAUUUAGGUCGAAUGAAAAAAAAACAAAAAAAUACAACCUCCAACUCCAACAGGACAACCUCCACACAAAUGGGGAGAGGGGGGUUGCCAAAAACCUCACCAAAUAUCACCAAGGGGGAGGGGGGCUCAAAAAGUAGCCGAAAACACCUCGCGUGAUUUGUGCACAACCCCUUUCCAAAAGGGCCCCAACAUAGUAAUAAGACGGCCCUAUGUACCUGUGAAAUCGGCAUGUCAUGAAGUCGUACUCUGUUUUAGCGGUUUUCGUGUUCUUGCAUAUUUCGUCCAUGGCCCAGUCUUUGUUUGCCAAAUGUUUCAUACCAUUUGGACGAAAAGGACAGCACAUACACGCUUAUUUUAAGGCUUUUGUCGAGCACCCGAUCACUAUGCUUUAUUCAUGAUAUUAUUAAUGUUAAAAAUGUGUAAUUAACAAGUUCACGAUGUUUGAAACAUGCUGUUUCCUAUUAAUUAAAUAUUUUAAA